GUCAGUUAUAUUGUUGUAAGCCGUAAUAAAACCUAGUCAGUAGCUCAUUUCGUUGGUCGGCUCCUUUAACAACAUAGCAAUACGACCUUUAGUUUACGCUGCGCGUGCGCGCCAGUCCGUGUUCCUCCUUGCUCGUUAACUGACGUGUUACCACAACGAUGAGGAUUUGCAAGUCGCGUCUUUAUUUGGUGGGCAGCGUGUUAUCGGCGCUGAUCGUGGGUGCGCUGGUGGCUGUGCUGGUGCUGCAGCCGUGGGCCAGCGACGACCACCCGCGCUACCCGCGCGCCACCGUCGCCGCAAAUGGAUACGAGUGCGCUUCUAUUGGACGCCAAAUCCUGGAAAAGGAUGGUUCCGCGGUAGACGCGGCAAUAGCGACAUUGUUCUGCGAGGGCGUCGCGUGCGCACAAUGUAUGGGGCUCGGCGGCGGGUUCCUCGCGACGGUGUACGACGCGCCGACGGGCCGGGUGCGCGUCGUGAACGCUCGCGAGCGCGCGCCGGCGGCCACCCACGAGGAUCAGUUCGCGAACGCAUCGUCUACCGUAGGCGGGUUAGCCAUCGCCGUACCGGGCGAGCUUCGGGGCUACGGGGAGCUGUAUCGGGCGUACGGACGCCUGCCGUGGGCGGAGCUGGUGCGGCCUACCGCCGACCUGUGCCGGCGCGGCCACCGCGUCAACUCCUACAUGGGCCGCGUGCUGCACUCCUACAGCGACAGAAUCAAGGCCGAGCCGUCCAUGAGCGAGGUUUACGUGAAUCCGGCGACGGGCGAGGUGUGGAACGAAGGCGAUUUGGUCCCGCAGCUGACGCUGGCAGCUACGCUCGACACCAUCGCCGAGGAGGGCCCGGAGGCGAUACACAAUGGCUCGCUGACGGCGCGGCUCGUGCAAGACAUCCGCGCCUUCGGUGGUAUCGUCACGGAAGACGACCUCAGGAAUUUCAAGGUCGAAUGGCAAGAGCCAAUCGCGGUGCCGGUGUCGAGCGAGCACACGCUAUACUCCGUCCCGCUGCCCGGCUCGGGGUCGGUGCUGGCCUUCAUCCUCAACAUGCUGCGCGACUGGGUGGGCGCCGGCACCGCCGCGCCCGAGGGCUCCGCCCUAUACUGGCACCGCAUCAUCGAAACCUUCAAGUACGCGUACGCAAAGCGAACCGGCCUCGGCGACGCUUCACGCUCUGAAUUGGGCAAGAGGAUCACGCAGUUGGAGCGCAACCUAUCAGACCCGGCGUGGGCGCGCAGCUACCGCGACCUAGUGGACGAUGCGCGCACGUUCCCCGACUGGCAGCACUACGGCGCGUCGUUCGAGGGCGCCGACGACCACGGCACAGCGCACAUCGUCGUCGUCGCGCCCGACGGCAGCGUCGUGUCCGCUACCAGCACUAUCAACUACAUUUGGGGUUCUCAACGGCGGUCCCGCUCCCUCGGCAUCAUGCUGAACAAUGAGAUGGAUGACUUCGCUAUCCCCAAUCGCGAGUCAGCGUACGGUCUGCCGCCGUCGCCCGCCAACCUCCUGGCUCCUGGCCUACAGCCGCUCAGCUCCAUGACGCCCAGUAUCGUUCUCAAGAACAACCGCACGUUGGCGUUGGUUGUUGGCGCCGCCGGUGGAACUAAAAUAACUACUCAAGUGUCGCUGAUAGUGAGACAUGUGAUCAACGAAGGCGGAUCCUUCAAACAUGCCGUAAUGCGUCCACGAGUUCACCACCAGUUGAUUCCUAUGGAAGUGGAAUACGAAGCUGAUUUCGAUGCGUCAAUAAUAUCGGCCCUCCGCGCGCGAGGUCACGCUACCACAGAGCUGGGCUCCACGGCUGGCUUCGCGGCCGUCAUAGGCGCUGUGAGGGACCCCGAUGGAUACCUCAGCCCGCAAACCGACCGCCGCCGAAUAGGCAGCAUGGACGGAUUUUAAUCACAUAAAACGUAUUAGAAAAUCUCUGGAUAAAGGGUCCAUUUGACAUGAGAGGUGAAAGUUGCAUUGAAAUGCGACACGGAAGAAGUUUGAGUUCAAUUUGUGACGAAUGUUUCAAAUGAAACGGUUUAGUUUAACUUAAGGGGUCAAAACAUAGAUAAACAAUAGUUUAACGUCCUCAUAAAUUCAGUACUUCUUUAAAUGGGCUGUCUUGUCCCCAUAAAAAAGUACGUUUUUGUUAAUGUAGUCGUCAAGUACUUACUUUUCUUGUGUUAUGUAUUAUCGAAGUAAUUAAUGGCGAUUAUUUCAAGGACCCGACGUAUUGGUGCUCAAAACUUAGGUAAUUUUUAGGAUUAAAUUAUGCACCUCGUGCUUGUGGGUACUGUGUACUUACAUUUUUUUUUAAUUCAACAACUUACUAACAGUUUUUUUUUAUUUUAAUAAACUUCCUAUAGUCACAAAAAUGUGAAGUACUAUAAAUCUCCUAAUUUCGUAAGCGUAUGUCAUAAGAGAAAUCAACAGUGAUAUUUUUACUUUAGUUCAGCUACUUUAGAAUCUAGUUUUGUUUCGGUUGUAAAUAAUAUUAAACUAAUUAUAGAUUUUAAGUUACAGUAUUGUUUGUAUUAUGCCUUUAUUGUUACAAGUGUCAAAUAAAAUCUUUGAAUGUAAA